AUGUGUUGUGGUCGAUAGUUUUAUCACGGUAUUAGCGUUUAAUGUUAACGUUAGCUAGUCUGUAUGCCACUAGGUUGAGAACGUUUGUCGUACGUUAGUUAUAAUGUUGUGCUUAACUUUAACGUUAGAUACUCUAUCACAAGUCUCCGCUGCUAACUAGCAGAGGCUUAUCAUUACGACUGGCUGUUGUGCAGGCAGAUAAACUCUGUGAACUAGCAUAACACUAGGACUAUGGUAGCUAUCGGCAUUGCUGUUACUGUGUUAUGGCUAAUGUAAGUGGUAGUUUAGUUUACUGUGACCGUACGAUUAGCAUAAACUGUGACACAUAAGCAUCACAUUGUGUAGAGAUAGAGCGUCUCCCCGCCGGGGAAUCGUACCCCGGUCUCCCGCGAUUGUAGAGUUAAGCUUUCUUAACUUUCCGUAUUCAUUCUCUAUGGUAGUCCUUAUCACUACGGAUGUAAUAUAUUUUUGGCCACAAGUGGGUUUUGUUUUCUCCUUAUCCAUCAUGAGCUCGAGUUUGGUUUUCCAGGUUACAAAUUCAGUUUGCUCAAACCUGUGUUGAUACAUUUCCUUGGACACUUUAAGUAGGGAUCCUACAGCCGACCUCCCCUCUCUUUUCUGAACAGCAGUAAUGGCUUUAAACGGUAAAAUCGCAGUAGUGACCGGAGCAGGGCUGGGUAUAGGAAAAGCAAUAACAGAGAUUCUUCUACGAAAUGGUGCAAAGGUAGUCCUCCUGGAUGUGAAUGAAACUGCAGGGAAGAGUUUAAAGGAAGCCUUCGACAAACAGUACGGAUGGGAGAGAACUCUGUUUCUGAACUGUGAUGUUGAAUCAGAGGAGCAGAUUAAAGCUGCCUUUCAGAAAACUGUAGAAACCUUCGGAGGAAUAGGCAUCCUGUGCAACAAUGCUGGCAUCCUGAAUGAGAACGAGUGGGAGAAGAGUAUCUCCAUAAACCUUGUGGGUGUUAUCAGGGUAACCUACCUGGCUUUGGAACACAUGAACAAGUUGACUGGAGGUCGGGGAGGGGUCAUUGUCAACACAGCGUCCUUGGCAGGUCUUGGCCCACUACUGAGCUGUCCUGUCUACACAGCCACCAAGCACGGAGUGAUUGGCUUCACUCGAGCCAUGGCACGUGUCUCAGGUAGCAGAGUGCCUGCUCGAGCUGGUGACAGAUGAGACAAACAAUGGAGAGGCCCUCAUGGUGAAAACUGACAUGAGGAAAUAUGUGACAUUCCCCACAAUUACCCAGUAGGUUUUGGCAAUGACAAACCACUACACUAUUAUUCAGAACUAAGCCUCCAUAGCCUCUGUAAUUAAAACUGUAAAUGUUUCUCAGCACUUUAAUGUGCAUUAAAGAAAAACAGUCAUCAAGUUUUAAUAGUAGCUCUCUACACUGUUUUAUGUGGCUGAAACAUCUGAUUAUAUUCAUUUUGAAAUAAUCUGUUGAAUCAUCAAAUACUCACCAUGUUUUCUAUUCUAAUAAAUGUACUAGAAUCAAAA